GCCCCUUCGGCGGUCGGAGAGCUUCUCCUCGGUGGACUGAGCGGCUUUUUCCGGGCCUGAGAUGCCGGCUUAGACUUUGUUAACUUCCGUAGCCCCUCCUCCGCACGCUUCCUGUCCGCUCCCUCGGCUGCCUAGAGCUGAACACGGUGGCUUUAUCCGUAUUUGUAUGUUAUGAUGGGUACUUUGUAGCGUCUUUAUAAGAACCUUUAACCAGCUGAAGAUCGAAAUAACAAUCUGGACAUUUUACUUUAACUCGAUCCGGUGCCAUCUCCUUGUUUUUCCCCGCUGAAGCCACCAACCCAAACUGUUCAACAUCAUGGGAGCUUUAGGAAACAGCCGCAGAGGUGGAAGAUCACCACCCCUCCUGAUAGGUGCUUUCAUCACUUGCAUCAUCGUGCUGGGUUUCAACUAUUGGCUGUCGAAUUCACGGAACCAGGAGCUGCAGACAAAGCUCUACGAACUGCAGGCCAAAGCGCGGCAUAUGUCUGUGGAGUUGGGGGCGGUGGAGCAGAAGAAGAAGGAGUUCCAGGAGGAGCUUCAGAGGCAGAAUGAGCUGAUAGGCCACAUUGAGGCCCAGCACAUCAACAGAUUGGAGGUGGCCACUGCAGCCUGGAGGCAAGAGAAGGAGGACCUGCUUUUCAACAUCUCCUCCAGCGCUAAGACAAUCCAGAGCCAGAAAAGUGAAUAUAACACUCUGACUGAAAAUCUGGAGAAACUGCAGAAGGAAUUCCAAGACUGCCAGAGAAAUAAAAGCACCAUGGAUAAAAAACUGUCCGACGAUCUGACGCAGUGUAAAAGCCGGCUUGAGGAGGAGUGUGUGGCAAAGGAGGUGCCAGCCAGGCCGGAGGCUGUGGAGGCAGUGAAGGAGACCCCGGCCCCCCAGGGCCACCUGCAGGCCUCCCCUGGUUUCACAAAAGCUAAAAUGAUUAAGGGAGCACAGCAAGGGCUGGUGGAGAGAACGGGCCAGGAUGACUUGAAGAAGCAGUCAAUCCAGGAGCAGACAGACGUCCAAGUCUCCAAGCAGACCAAGCCAAAUCCGACAGAGCUGGACGCCGACCACGUUGUGGACCAUGAUGCAUCCCAGUCUGAGAAGGACACCAUUACAUACAACAAGCCGGCUCCUGCCAGGCCAGAGGACAAGGCGAAGGACAGGACUCCUCAGGAGAAUGUGGUGGGCGUGGAGCUCGAGAAAAAGGACCCUAAAACCAAUGACACAGAAACAAACAAGCCGCAGGUCCUGGAUGUGCAUACAGCGGACCUUACAUCUGAUGCUGUGGAGAACGGAAGGAUGAACAAGGAAGAUGAUGGAAUAUAUUACGAGGUGGAUCCCAGUGCUGGCAUGAGGGAUAUGGAUGCCCAGCUCCCUGGGAAUACAGGUAAAGAACCGGGUCGCCUAGAGCACGAAAUGGAUGAGAUGCUGGCAGAGUACGACGGCAAUGACGAUAAUGAAGGUGAAUUCGAGGCGGACAAGCAGGCUGAGCUGUCCGAGGUGAACGGAUAAGGCAGUGAAGGAUUUGCCAUCCUCAGGUAUGCGGUGACUUGGUGGGUGAAGCCGUCCUUAUGGCAGAAAAACCCACAGAUUUUUUUGAAGUAGAUCACUCCAGGAAACAUGAAUUUUUAUGAUCAUUAAAUAAUGUGUUGCUACUGCAGGAGCAGUUGGGAAUGCAGAUUUGGGGGGGAGUGGGGGGGGGGGCUGGAUCGUAUUGAGUCGAAACGGGCAGCUGCUCCAUCACAUCGCACUUCUGGAUAAAGGCUCAAAAUGGAAGAGAAGACAACCUGUAAAAAGAAGAGGACCUGCGUAGGACCUGUGCAUUGCCUUCAAUCUCCGGGCUGCCAACAUGAAUGUAUUUUUAAAAUAUAGACAAAAUUCAGUUUUUACUGCUUUUAACUAUGAAGAUGAGAAACUCUAUUGUUUUAGAAAACACAUUAGAUAUUUGUGGUCAAUAGGAUGUAUAGAGAAACACAAUGGAAAGAAUAUUGAAUUUAUCGUGAAUUUAUAUAACUUCCAUUUUUCUAUGACUGCUCUUAGUAGCAGAAAGACGCCUUAAUGUGUUCCAGUUAUCAGCUGUACUCCUGCCUUUCUGUCAUCGUUUAUUUAUUUAACUUGGUUGAGGUUAAUUAUGUGUUAUUUUCAUUAACACUUCAUUUUGAAGGUUUUUUUCCUUUUUAUUCUGCGGUCAUAAUGGAUGUUCAGUGAUUUCUGAUUCAGAGAUUUUUACAGAAUCAAACUCAUAGUUACAUUUUAGCAUCCAGCACCUGCUGUUUUGAGUUAUGGCUUGAAAGAAUGAGUUAUUGCAGUGAUGAUGAUUACUGAUGCUGGUAGCUGGUGAUGUAGCAGCAGUAUGCAGAUUUUCAAGUUCUUUGAAAAUAUAUAUAUAUGUGUGUGUUCUAUAGCCGUGACACAUCACUGGAACGAAGGAAUGUGGUGCAGUUCUGGUUACUAUAGUGAAACUCUUGGAAUGAAAGCGAUCUUAAUUCUGCUUCUUGGGGCUUUGCUGUCUUCCAGCAGAGACGUUCUUGAGCAUUGCAGGGAUCACGGGAUGAUUUCUACAUUUAGAUACUAUUUUGGAAAUCUUGUAUCGUGUCUUUUCUUUUUGCUGAGAACUGGGGAAAAAAAGACUUGUCACAAUGUCACUUUCUUCUAGUUUCAAGUCUAUAAAAUAAAAUAGAUGACUGAUGAUUUCUUUUGUUAUUAUAUUGCCAUGUUAAGACAUGGCAGGAAUAAAAUACAAGUUGCAAGCAUG